AAAGUCAAGAUCUCCUGCACAAAUGGAUGGGUCUUAUCAGCACCGCACCUGAAGGUAGGGCCCCCAUCCACAUGCUUACAGAUCUAAAGUACACCAUUUACGUGACGCGGCAGUAGCUCAGGCUUUCUUCAUUACGUAACUGCGCAACAUCGGCUGUCUGUCCCCUAAUAACAAAUAGUGCUAAAGUUAAAUCGUGCCUUUUCACAACCAUGGCUCCAUCAAACACUAAGGAAACCGAGAAGCACUGCGUCCUGUGCUGCCAAGAGGUGGAUAUCUUUGCCUUGGGGAAAUGCGAUCACCCGGUGUGUUACCGCUGCUCCACCAAAAUGAGGGUGCUGUGCGAACAGAAGUACUGCGCCGUCUGCCGGGAGGAGCUCGACAAGGUGGUGUUUGUGAAGAAACCGGCGGCCUUCUCGUCUCUACCCUACCAGCAGUUCCCCUGUGAGAAGAAGCAUGACAUCUAUUUCUGUGAUGAGAAUAUCUACGCCCAAUACAGGUAGGGC